UUAUAAGCUGACCUUGGAAUUACCUUAUAAUCUACAAUCAGGUACUAAAACUGCCAUUAUAUUUAUCACUUUUAUGUUGUUUGUGUCUCAUUUUGUCUUUGCUUACAUUUAUUCACUCAAGCGAGACCAGUCGGUCUAAGAAAUUGUGUGCGUGGAGAUUAAAAUAAUAAAGAAAAAAGAAUUGUCAAUAACCGUCCUUUUAAUAUGAUGAUGUCGAUUCAACAAGGAAUUCUUCCACCCAAAUUACAAGAAGCGAUUGAAACUAUUAUAAAAAAUGAAGACUUCAUACAUUUUCAUAUAGAUGUCAAGGAACUUGAAAUGGGGAGUAGCUUUCUUGGCACACAUAGAGAAAUAAACAUUAGAGGAGAAACCGCUAACGGUAGUAAGGAACUGAAAUUGUUCACUAAAACUAAAAUUGAUGACGUCAUUACUCAAACCACUGUAGUAGACGUAGUAUCUUCAGUAUCAUGUGCGUAUAAGAAAGAGACUUUCGUAUAUUCCGAGCUUCGUAGAGCUAUCAAUGAGGUACAAGAAGAAGCCAACAUACCCGUUGGAGAGAGAUAUAAGCUUGCUAAGAGCUACUAUAGCACCGAUAUAGAAUCUGUUAUAAUGGAAAACUUAAGAGAAAAAGGUUUUACAAUGUGUUCAAAUCUAGAUGUAAUUCCUCUGAAAAUCGCAGAGCUAGCUAUCCAACGACUAGCGCAAUUCCAUAGCUUUGCUUUUAUACUUAAGGAAAAGCGUCCGAAAUUCUUUGAGAAUAAAGUGAAAAAGAUGAAACAACCUUUCCAUCAUGGUACAAAACCGUUUAAUGAGUUCUUAAAGGGUUUCAGUGAAAUAAGCAUUAAUAGUAUGAAGCCAGAACAGAAAAAGAGGUUGCAAGAGUAUUUUCCAACCACUUAUGACAAAUAUGAAAAAUAUACUCAAGACCCAGCAGGCGUUUGGACUCUGGUGCAUGGAGAUUUCAGAGUUAGUAAUGUAAUGGUGAAAUACCAAGAUGGCGAAGCAUCAGAAGUGAUACCCGUUGACUAUCAACAUUCGUAUUACGGCUGCUCCAUCGUCGACUUUAUCUACUUCAUAUUUUGUAGCACCGACCAAGAGUUCAGGAAAAAUCACUUAGUACACCUCAAGAAUUUGUACUACUUAUCUAUGAAGAAUUUUUUGAGGUUUUUCAACAUAGAUAUUGAACAAUAUUACCCGAGAGCAGAAUUUGAGAGGCUUUAUAAAGAGAGACUGGAUUAUGGUCUGAUGAUGACUCUGUGGGUGCUUCCAAUAAUUCUGACUAAGAAAGAUGAAGCCUCUGAUGCUAUCAGCAAGGACCUGCCUAAGACUGACACUAAACUUAAUGGUUUUGUCCAAAAGAGGUUAAGUGAUAUAGUGGACGAUUUUAUAAAUUGGGGCUACAUAUAGGGGAACUAGCAAAUCUGAGUUGUAAUAAUAUUAAAAUGAA